UUCGACUAGCAUAUAACCCUCCCCCUCACCAACCAAAUGUACAUGUAUUCUAUUCGGGAAGCCAAAUUAACACAGAAUAUCACUACCACCAAGACUGCUAGGGCUACAGCAUGUCUAGCCAGAGGCGCCUCAACCCAGGAACUGUCGAGCCCAAGGGCCGACCGGUUGGCGGCACCGAGUACAACUGGUGGCGAGCGGUGCCCGGUGGCACUGGCAUAGCAGUCCUCGCUCUCCUCCUCUCCAAAGCUCCAGAUAUUUCAGGCCUGCAAAAUGCCAUCCACAAGCUUCAAGAUUUCCAUCCGAUUCUCAAGUCCAGAUUAAUCCGCGCCCAUUCCAACACAGUCUCCUUCAUCACAUCUCCGGCUCCAUUCGUUCAAAUAAAAUCAGUCACUCUCUCCUCAACUUCUACCAUUCUAGAAUGCGCUCACAGUCCUGAAAACCACUCUAAUAUCUCACCCUUCCAUUUAGUCCUCGAACAUGAACUGAACCAAAACAGUUGGUAUAGUAACACCGUCACCGCCGACAUGUUCUUUGCGACCAUAUAUGCUCUGCCCAACACGAAGUGGGUUGUGGUGCUCCGGCUUCACGUCUCGGCGUGCGACCGCACCACGGCGGCGUCUCUGCUGAGAGAGUUGCCGGCUUUGAUGAGCGAAGGAGAAGGAGAAAGAGAAGGAGGAGAGACGCAGAAGGAAAUGGGGAAUCAAGGGGAGGUCAUGAGUUUGGGAAUUGAGGAUCUUAUUCCGAGAGGGAAGGCUAAGAAGCCUUUGUGGGCACGUGGGGUUGACAUGCUUAGUUACUCCGUCAGUUCUCUCAGCCUCACAAAUUUGAAAUUCCAAGAUCCAAGGUCUCCUAGAUCGUCUCAAGUGGUCAGGCUGCAAAUGAACCAAAGUGAAACGCACAGAAUUCUCGCUGGUUGCAAAUCAAGAGGGAUCAAACUAUGCGGGGUAUUGGUAGCAGCUGGAUUGAUAGCCGCAGACAGCUCUAAACGUCGAUCUGAUAAUCAAGGAAAGAAGUAUGGAGUGGCCACUCUCAUUGAUUGUCGUUCCAUUCUUGACCCACCUCUUUCCUCUCACCAUUUUGGAUUUUACCACUCUGCCAUCCUCAACACCCAUCUCAUCAAAGGAGGAGAAAAGCUGUGGGAGCUGGCCCAGAAAAUCUACGUGGCAUUCGCAAACUCUAAGAACAGCAACAAGCACUUCUCGGACAUGGCAGACCUGAACUUCCUCAUGUGCAAGGCCAUUGAAAACCCCGGCUUGACCGCCUCAUCUUCCUCGAGGACAUCCUUCAUGUCGGUCUUCGAGGACCCAGUGGUUGAUGAUCAGUCGGCCACUCAUGACAUGCAACAAGAUCGGCUCGGACUGGAGGACAACAUGGGGUGCGCCUCUGUUCACGGCAUCGGCCCGUCCAUUGCAAUCUUUGACACGAUAAGGGAUGGACGUCUGGACUGCGUAUGCGUGUAUCCGGCGCCGUUGCACUCCAGAGAGCAAAUGCAAGAGCUUGUUGAUACCAUGAAGGCUGUUCUUGUGGAUGGUGGUAAUUAAUAUAAUUUAGUGAGAUUACUUUCAGUUUACAUGUAAAAUCAGAUGAUACCAUUAAUGCUUGCUGAUAUUUUUUUAAUCAUAAGAUCAAGUACGGUCUUU